AAGAAAACAUAACAAUGCUGAUGCUCUAUCAAUAAUGUAUGAACAAGAAACCAAUAUGAUUCUAAUAGAAGAUGAAGAGAAAUUACCAUCAGAAAUAGAAGCUUUUCAGAUUGCUAUACAACAAAGAUUAGCAAAAAUAGAAUCGUCUUUGUACCAAAAUCAAUGA